GACCCUAUGGCUAUCCUUACACUGAUAGAUUGGUCCAUUCAAGAGAGACUCUAUCGUGACAGUUAUACUUACACACCUGAGUUUGGUGAAUUGUAUCUUAUCAACCAGCGAUACACAGGGUUCUUUGUCCCCCCCAUUGACAGCUAUUAUACUUUAAAUGUUAAUUCUGAUGAUGGAGCUCGCCUGUAUCUCAGUCCUAAUGCAUCAAGAGAUCACAAGGAACUGGUGGCUUAUAUACUGGGCCAUACUACCAGCUGGAAUCAAAUUGAUACUCAAAUAUCCAAACCAAUCUACCUCAGAGCUGGUGAGGCUUAUUAUAUGGAGGGUGUCCAGCUACAAGGGUAUGGUCCAUGGAGGUUUGGUAUUGGGGCUAAGAUACACAACCUGUCCUGGACUGAAGAUGUUGCUGAUAUUGACUAUGAAGAACAAGUUAUAAGAACAACAUCCACUGUAGUACAUGAGACACAAAUGUUGAGUCUAAUGGCGGCUCCCAGAAUACAGUCUCUCAUUAUUGAUUUGGAUCCUGAUCAACCAAUCAGUUUCAAUCUAACAUUUGACGGCCAAACCACACCUCCUCUAUCAUCAGCUGAUAAUGACACAGUGAUCAAUAAUGCGUUGAAUUCACUUGAAUCAAUUCAAAAUAUCGGCAGUGUCAGUGUUAUCAGUAAUCGAUCAGCAGAUGAUAUUUUAGAAUUAUUCGUUAUAUUCCACUCCACUCAGCCAGUAGUACCAGGACCAAUUGAAGUAUCAUCUAAUGUCAAUUCUACUAGCGAUACAGAACAAGGUCUUCAACUACCAGAGCACUUCAGUCUCUCCUUUGGUACUAGAUCCACUCAAGCUCUCUCUGUUAAUUCAACUAGCUCAAUGAUAUCUAAUAGUAUCACUGAUCUCUUCUCCACAAAGUGCAGUAUUUCCAGCCCAGGGGUGAUUCAUUUCAAAGACUCUUAUGACGUCUCUAUAUACCGUUACAGUUAUUAUGGUACUCUGGACUCCAGCGUAGAGCCUUACUGUGGGCGGUACAGUAUUAAGAACCCUUCAGUACUCUGGAGGUAUGACAGAUCCAGAGAUGAGAGGACCAACACUGUUAAUGAACCAGCCACCAUAUCACCUUUUGGACUGAGAUAUGUUUGUUUUGCUCAUUAUGGUCCAUUGCCUAACUCAAGACUAAGACUCACUGUCAGGACUACCUCCUUUCAAACCUUUAACUUCCCAGUCACACUCUCUGAGGACCUGAGCAGAUGGAACUACAUGUGUGUUGAUGUAUACCCAGUCAUUCAUGAGAGGUUCGGCUCACCUAGUGGUCUUUAUAAUCUGACUCAUGUGAGGUUCAAUAGUGGGACCUAUCCUGACUUCUGGAUUGAUGAGUUUAGCAUUACAACAGCAAAAACUUCUGUUCAACAGACAGUACCAGCAGUAAGGCCCAAUGGAAUAUUCAUUAGUUCUGUAGAAACAACAUCAAUAGAUCCAGUUCCCUCCACUCUAUACUGUACUGACUACACUGACCCACUAACCUGUCUCAUACCAUACAGACAAUUCACUGUAGAAUACACAGCACACCACUGUGGAUAUGGUAUGCCAUUGAUCAGUACUUCUCCUAGCUACACUGCUAAAGUAUCAAGACUAUUAGCUGGUUCUCCACCAGUGGGGGGAUCAUUUGACCUCUCAUUUGAAGGAAGAACUGUUUAUAACAUAUCAGCAACACUAACUGGAGGAGAAAUGGAGGCAGUAUUAGAGUCUGGUCUACCUGAUGAAGGAGGAUUCACUGUAUCCAGGACUGGAGUAUGUUCAGGAUAUUCAUGGACAGUGAGAUGGACCAGUAGACCAGGAGACCAUCCUCUGAUGGUGACUGAUGGCAGUAGACUGGAGGGAGUUGUGGCUCAAGUGUCUGUAGAGUGGAGUGUUGAUGGUGGUGUCUGGAUGAGACCACUAAGAGGAGACAUGCUGAGACUACCUGAACUCAAUCCACAGGUUGAGGUAUCUGUCAAUGGCAUCCCUGCUUCCUGUAGAUCAACUAACUGUUCUUUCACUUUCACUUCAACUAACAGCACUCCUCUUGUCACUGGUGUCUCCCCAGUCUCAGGAGGGCAGGACGGGUCCACUAUCAACAUUUAUGGUUAUAACUUUGGCGAUGAUGUUGCCAAGGUAACGGUUACCAUAGGCGACAGUCCUUGCAUGGUUCAAAGUCUUGAUUCUGGUCUGAUCAGGUGUAUUCCUGGUCCCAGUGUGGCCGGUAUCAGUCCCAUUAGUGUUCAUAUUGAUGGUAUGGGUUAUGCUGACAUUGAUGACAAUAUAACCUUCACUUAUUCACUGAUACUGCACUCAGCCUAUCCUAACUAUGGCAGUAUCAGUGGUGGUAAUACAGUCACGUUAUCUGGUACUGGAUUACCAGUGAUACCUGCUGGAGCAGCUUCAUGUUAUUGCAAAGACUGUUGGCCUUGUCUUGGUUCCUCCUUCCCUGAUGUGUAUGUGUUAUUUGGUGACUAUCCCUGUCUUGUUGCUAGCUCUAACCUAACUCAAUUGAGUUGUAUUGUCCAGCAACAUGUACCAGCUACAGUGAAUGUAUCAGCCAGUGUCAAUGGAGUCACUGCAGUACUUGCUGAUGAGUAUGAGUAUAGUACUGAUGAUGUGUCUGUCAUUAGUGCCAUCACUCCAUCAAUGGGUCCUUCCAUUGGAGGUACUACUGUCACUAUUACUGGUCAGCGUCUAUCAAACACCACUUCAGUGUUUAUUGGUGGAUCAAUCUGUGACAUUGUAUCAGUAUCAGUAUCAAGUAUCACUUGUAUCACAUCAAGAUCAUCUCCUGGUCAACAUAUCGUUACUGUUGAGGGUAAUACAUCAUUCGGUAUAGCACUAACGCAAUCAAUAAUUGAUCAACCUGAUAUCUUAACUCAAGGAUCCUUAACGCUAACACAAUUAAUGACUAACGAUAUUCCAGUCGGUCCUGUGGUCACUGGUACUCUUAACUUCACGUACCAGUUCCUUGUAACCAGUGUCACCCCGUGCAGUGGGUCGCUGGUCGGUGGUAAUCAGUUAACAGUUAAAGGGAGUGGGUUUGUGUCGGGUCUCGGUGUCCACAUGAGUGGGUCGGACACUGAUUGUGUCAUUCAUUCAAUGAAUUAUAAUGAAAUUAAAUGUACCUUACCUCCAGUCACUGGAACCAGCCAUACCAUCAGCAACAAUGGAACUGACCCUGUUCGUGGUUUAUAUUUUGCUUGGUCCCCAUCAACCAUUGAAAUACUCCAGGGAGACAGCAUUACUUGGCAAUGGGAUGGUUCCAGAUUUGUCAUUCCUCAAUAUUUUGAAGUACACCAGACCUCUAGCCUCAUGUCCAGUUCUCAUGUACCGGGCGGGUUCCGUUCAGCCUCCAGUGUCACUGGUAAUUACACCAAUACCUUCACUGCUCCUGGUACUUACUACUAUACCACUGAUGUUAAUGAUGCUUGCCUCAACUGUUAUAUGAGUGGAACUGUCAUCGUUAGAUCAAUAUCAGAUAUACCGUCUCAAAUCAGUGUUAACUAUGAUCGUGCUAUUGAAGCUGAUUUCAAAAUGGAAGGAGAAGAAUCAGAGUCUAACUGUUAUUCUUGUAGCUCAGUCCACAAUAAUUCAGAGGUCCCUACAUACCUCUACAGCACCUGUGACACUCCAUUAGUCACUGAGGUAAACCCUCAGUACAUCAGUAUAGGAUCAGUCAUUACUGUCGAAGGGACUGGUUUUACUGCUAACAGCAGUAAGGCUAGUAUCACCUUUAGUGACUGUCCCUGUCUUGUACAAGAUGUCUACAACGAGACUACAAUAACUUGUAGACUGGACUCAUCCUGUCAACCAGCCCCUUACACUCUCCUGCCUCUCUCUCUACUCAUUGAUAACAAGGGGCAUGCCUUGUUACUGGGACCAGAGGGAGUUGUAAUUAAACCAAUAGUGACAGGGUUAUCCCCAUCAAAGGGCUCUGUACUGGGUGGUAACGUACUCACAAUAACUGGUCAUUCAUUUGCUGAGACUGAUGAUCUAACUGUUCUUAUUGCUGACAAACAAUGCGACAUGCUAUCAGUGAACUACACUAGCAUACAGUGUAUUGUACCAUCCUCUGACUCCGCCUUUAACUCCUCCCACCUUGUAAACGUCACCUACUCCUCUCAAGAGACCCUUCUUUGUGUAACGGCAGUGGGUGGAGACUGUUACUAUGACUACGAGCCUGAUAAUACCCCAGUGGUUGAGUAUGUGUCUCCGGGCACAAUAGGAGGUGCUCAUAAUACGACUCUACUGAUAACGGGGUCACUACUGUCAGGGCAGUCGCUGGUAUGGGUGGGCUAUACUGAAUGUGGAGGUGUAUCGAUGACUGGUACUGAUGAUGAAUCAGUCAACAUAACCUGUACUGUAUCACCGAUACAAGCUGGAGACUAUAGACUAACAGUCCUUACUCCAGGGUAUGGCUAUGCACUGUUUGAUGAUGUGGAAGACAGCCUGAUCACUAGUCAGUUGAGAGUGGACUCCAUAUCUCCAGUUAGAGGUAGUACCAGAGGUGGUACUCAACUCACGUUAUCAGGUAUUGGGUUUAGUUCACUCAUGAACAAUAACUCAGUCAAUAUCAGUGGCCAGCCUUGUCUCAUCAGAUCCAGCAGCUAUUCUUCAAUCACCUGUGUCACUCCUGAUCUUAAUGGUGAGGGAAAUCACACUGUUGACGUUACCGUGGCAACCCCAGCCUUUCACAGACGCCCACGCAGAGAGGUGUUCAAUCCAUUGAUAUUUGAAUAUGAUAUUGAGGCCACACCCACAAUAACCAGUGUGAGUCCUACUAGUGGUCAAAGAGGUGAUCUCAUUGUUAUCAGUGGUGACGGGUUCUCUACUAAUAUCGGGGACACUAGUGUUAGUAUAGGUCAGUCAGUCUGUAAUGUCACCAGUGCCAAUGGCACUACCAUACAGUGUUCACUGGGUACUAACUUUGUCGGCCGGUAUCCGAUUGAUGUGAGGAUUGACGGUAAAGGACGGGCUACUGGUGAUCUUGUGUUUACCUAUACCCUGAUAGUGUCUGGGGUCAGUCCUAGCAAUGGUAGCUUUGCUGGUCUGAAUACAGUAACAUUGAGUGGUAUUGGGUUCAACCCUGUGGCCAUUAACAUCAGUAUAUGUGGUAGAGUGUGCAGACAGAGCUCUCAGAGACCAUCACUGACUAGUCUAUCAUGUAUAGUUCCAUCAUUCACUGAUACACUCACCAAUGAGAGUAUAACCAGCACUGACUGUGAUGUGAUCAUCACUAGUCUAUCAAACACCAUUACACUAACUGAUGCUUAUAACUUCAACAGGGACCUCACUCCUACUGUUCACAGUGUCAAUCGUACAAGAGGAGGUACUGCUGGAGGGUCCCUACUAUUGAUAGGAGGGACUGGGUUCACUUCUACUGUUAACGUCACUAUAGCAGGGACUGUGUGUACAGUCAGAGAAAAUACCAGUACUUCUAUUGUCUGUGAGACUGGUCCUGCUGGUGUGUCAGUCACUGCUACUAUAAUGGUCUUUGUUGAUGGAAAAGGAUUCGCUAUAUCUAAUGUCACCUUCCAAUACGUGGACCUGUGGAGCUCUGUGUACACGUGGGGUGGGACCUCUCUCCCAGUUGAAGGAGACUUUGUGAUAGUCUCAUAUGGACAGACCCUGGUCCUUGAUAUAAAGACCCCGAUACUAAAGAUAUUACUGAUACAAGGAGGAGAGCUAAUCUUUGAUGAUGAGGAAGAUGGCGUUGAGCUUCACUCAGAGAAUAUACUAAUAACUGGAGGGGGGCUGUUACAGAUUGGGACAGAGACAACACCAUACAAGCACAAGGCACAGAUUGUGAUGUACGGCCACAGACUAUCACCUGAGAUACCAUUGUACGGUGCUAAGACCCUUGCCGUCCGUAACGGUACCCUGGACCUCCACGGUCUACCGAUAAGGGACACUUGGACUCGUCUUAAUGCCACCGUGAGACCUGGUGGCACUGAACUGACCGUCAAACACAAUGUAUCGGACUGGAGCAUUGGCGGGAAAAUAGUACUAGCAUCUACCAGCUACAGUCAAAGAGAGAAUGAAGAACUGACGAUCACUAAUAUAACAAAUGAUGGAUACACAAUUCAUGUAACACCUCCAGUGAGUUACACUCACGUGUCACUGAUACAGACCAUUCAUGGACAGACCAUUGAAACUGCUGGGGAGGUAGGCUACCUCACUAGGAAUGUCGUCGUAAGAGGAAACAGAAAUGACGAAUGGAACAUACAGUUUGCUGAUUGUCCUCAGGAGUUCAAACCAGGACAGUUUGAUGUACAGACCUGCUUUGGUGGUAGGUUUGGAGCUGAAGUUAUUGGAGAUGAGUUUGGGUCUCAGAUAAUGUUACACAAAGGACCCAACGACAGGAUAAGAGGACGUAUUGAGUUUAUUGAGGUCACUCAUGCUGGUCAGGCCUUCCGUCUCGGGCGCUACCCGAUCCAUUUUCAUCUCAACGGUGACGUGAGUGACUCUUAUGUUAGAGGCUGCAGUAUUCACCAUACCUUCAACAGAGCAGUGACAAUACAUGCUGUGGAUAAUCUACUAGUGGAGAGGAACGUUGCCUUCAAUAUAAAAGGACAUGCUUAUUUCUUAGAGGAUGGUAUUGAGAUUGGUAAUGUAAUACAGUAUAACCUUGGAGUGUUUGUAAGGGCCUCAAGCUCACUGCUAAACGUUGAUAUCACACCCGCUACCUUCUGGUCAGUGAACCCAAACAACACCUUUAGACACAACGCGGCUGCAGGUGGGACACACUUUGGUUACUGGUACCGCCCACCGACCCACCCCACGGGCCCAUCCUUCACCACUGCAGUUAGACCAGUCAACGACCCAAUGGGUGAGUUCUUCAAUAACUCAGCUCAUUCCUUCGGCUGGUAUGGUAUAUGGAUAUUUCAAGAGUACUAUCCAGUUAACCAAGACACCUGUGAUACCGUUACACCAGCUGUCUUUGACUCACUCCUUGCCUGGCGUAAUGAUCGUGGGAUUGAGUUCUCUGAAGUAGGAGCAGUCCAGCUAAAAAACAGUGUUCUUCUUGACAAUACUGUUGCUGGUGUAGAGUAUACCCUUGUUAAAGCUGGCUGGGGUAAGAGUGGAGCCCUUAUUGAGAAUAUUCUAAUUAUUGCCCACUCUGGCCUCCGAGAGGUUGAUGAUGCUAGGCUGAGGGGAGGUCCCCCAGUCUGCACUGCCUCGGGUGUUAAAACACCUCAUACUUAUUUCUUUACAGUGUCCAACGUGACUCUUGUCAACUUUGAUGAAGAUGGUUGCUAUGCUUUAAGAGCUUGCUCUCACUGUAGGGGUAUGUUACAGGGUGGGUUUGAAGCAAGGUUUGAGAAACUGACGUUCACUAACAGUCCUAAUAAGGUAUUCUGGCAAUGGGAGAAUGAGAAUGUGUUCCGAGAUAUGGAUGGGUCACUGACGGGUCAAGCAGGAGGUGCCUUAAUACCAACCUCUGGUCUGUUGCCCCCCACUCUCUGUCGUCAUGACGACUCGUCAUCUAGUGGUGGUGUGAAUGGAUCAGUCUGUGACCCAGGGCUGGAGUUUGUUAGGUUUGCCAUGAUUACCCCAGUCCCCUCCUCCCUCAUGUACAGAGACCUGAUGAUAAGCAACGAGCAUGGAUCCACUGUUGUACCUUUUGUCCUCAAGAGGUUGAUUCAUGGUGCAGGCUACAUGGCUUUGUUACCGACCAGAAGAGUCCACCAGUUGGACUGGCCUGGUGGAGAAAGGUUUGUCAACAUCAGUUACAAUGCACUUUAUUCCGGUAUCAACUCAUCUGAGUAUUUGUGGAUCAGACAUGAUUUCAAAGACGUUGUCAACGGUAUCACACUAAAUGGUGUUGAAAGUAAUUCCAGUGAUUCCCUACCAGCUGGGGGUGUGUCCUCCAUAGGUGAUUGGUACAGUGAUGUGAAUGAGACUACUGUCACUUACUAUGUCAACGGUACUAACCCGUCAUGUCCUGUUGAUGUGUCAGUAGUAUUCUCCUCCUAUCAGUGCUUCUAUGAGAACUGUAUCCCUCCUCCUCCUCCUGAACCAGUCACCCCACGUCCCCCUGGUCGUCCCAGUGUCACUCAGAUGUGGUCCAAUGUCUCUAUAUGGCCUGAUGGGUCCCUCCCUUCCAAUAACACUGAUGUGUAUAUCGGCUGUGAUCUUUACGUACUGGUGGAUGUUCCUCUCCCAGUAUUGAACACACUGACAGUAUGUGGUGGGUUAGAGUUCCUCGAUGAUAGGGACCAUGUUCUUGAGGCUAACAGGAUCCUCAUUGAUGGAGGAGGAGUACUAGUCGCUGGUCGCAAUGAGACUCCGUUCCAACACCAGUUGAUGAUAAUACUGAAUGGAUCACUUUCAUCUCCUGAAUACAGACUACCUAACCUUGGUCCUGUCUUAGGUGCUAAAGGGCUAGGAGUGUUUGGUCAGUUAUUGUUACAUGGCAAAGAGACCUCACGUAGCUGGACAGGAUUAGCUGAGACAGCAGGACCAGGUACCAGUACAAUCCAGUUACUGGAGCCUGUUGAUUGGAACCCUGGAGAUGAAAUAGUGAUAGCAGCUUCUUACUAUGAGAUAGGUGAAACAGAGGAACGUGUUAUUGCUAGUGUCAGUAACAAUGGACUCACGUUGACACUGACCCAGCCAUUAGGGUUCACUCACCUUGGAGGAGAACAUAACACUGAGUGUUGUAAAGUUAACAUCAAUGCUGAAGUGGGUCUCCUAACACGUAACAUUAAGAUUCUUGGUACUCACCCUAACGCCACCACCGACCUAUCAAAGACCCAGUCCUAUGGUUGCAGGAUACUGGUCAGUACCUACUACAACACUUCCAGUGGAGUUCACACCGGACUGGCUAGGUUGUCAGGGGUGGAGUUUAAUGGGUGUGGUCAGGAAGGAUUUGUGGAGAAUUUUGAUCCUCGUUUCUCAGUCUCAUUCCUAAACACUGGAACCAUCAUUGGUAACAGCUCAUACAUCAGAUCCUGUUCAUUCCACAAUGGCUACAGUACUGGUAUCGGGGUAUUUGGUACUGAUAACAUGUUCAUUCAUGAUAACGUCAUUCACAGAUCAGUUGGACCCUCUCUAAAGCUGGCCGGCACUGGUCACAGUAUUAUUAAUAAUUUAGCAGUAGUGGCUUUGUUCCCUGGGACCUAUCGCUCUCCUGAAGAACCUUUCAACGAUGAAUGGACUGCUAACUUUGAUCUAGUAGACGCUGAGGAUUACUCUUUAAUAGGUAAUUCAGCUGCUGGUGGCAGUAAGGCAGGAUUCCACACUAAUGGAGAGAACUGCCUCCUUGAUAACUUUACACCAAAAUGGAGGGACAACGUAGCCCACUCCACGCUCCAUGGUAUCCACAUGGGCUAUAGAGAUGGGUACAGCAGUGGGAUCAAUGGCUGCUCCUCCUUCCACAGUUUUAAAGUAUACAGCUGCUAUCAUUAUGGCUUCUUCUCCUACUCAAGGGCUGGAAUAAUAAUAACUGAUUCUUUGUUUGUUAAUAACUAUGCUGCUACCUUCACUGCAGUAAUGGCCCCUCCUUCUCGCUCUCAUGUCGUUGGUAAUAAAACCGUCAUUAUAAAGGAUACUAAAAUAAUGUCUACUCUACAUCCUAAUGGAGGAUCUGUGAAUUGCACUGAAUACAGUCGUGAGCCAAUCAUUGCUACUCACCGUACAUCUCACCGGGGUUUGAAUCGUGGUGGUGCUCAUGUGGGAGUCAUUCUCACUUCUUUUGUAUCAGGAGUGGGCCACUUCCCAAAAGCAGCCUGGUGGAGUAUCAUCAGUUACCCAGCCAUUAAUGGUCUGACUAGUUUAACCAAUGUCACUUUCUGUAACUUUGCUACUCACUGCAAUCAGAAACCAGAGGCAGCCAUCAUGACCCACCCUGGCUCUGAGGAUUGCCAGCAUCCUCUCUGGACUGAGAGGAUCUCAUAUGAGCUAGGAUCCAAUGCUUCUAAAUUCUUCAACCACAACCCGAACUUGGGUAGCAUUAACCCGUCAGACUGUGUUGAUAUGGAUUGUGACGGACUCAAGAAGAUACUCAUUCGUGAUAAUGAUGGGUCCUUCCUUGGAACCCAGGGACUCUCUACUCUAGUGUCUAGAUCAGAGCUGGAGUGGGACGGGGACAGGAGGCGUGGUCUGGGAGACUAUCGUAUCCCAAUUGCAAUGUUAAGCAGACCCAAUGGCAGUAGAAUAGAUCCUGACGUUAUAUACCCAAACAAAGGUAUCUACAGAGGGUCCUCCUGUGAGUUUAACACAGACUACAACAGCUACUCUUGUGCCGGUAUUGAUCACCUCAUGUUAGUGAUUGAGAGUCUUGAUGCUGAUACUGAGGUGAGACGUCUCUCCCCAGUUGGUGUUGGUGCUGAUGGAUACAUUGACCUCAUUAACGGGCCACAGGAUCACGGCUGGUGUGGUGGCUACACGUGUCAAGAAAGGAUAUCAACAUUCUUUGCUAUAGUAGCAGCUGGUCUCAACUAUACUAUCGGCCUCACUAGUACUAAUCCUCAGAACACUAACUUUAUCUUGUUACAUGCCACAGACUCUCAAUCAUUGCGUGUUGCUUACAUUUACAACAAUCCUCAAAGACUUGACGUCUAUGUUGGUUCCGAGUACAUAAUACCCACCAAUGGGUACUUGCAGGAUGGAAACCUUCGCUAUCGUCGAGGAGAGAACUUUAUUCCGUCUCUGACCGAAUCCCAUGGAACUAAUUAUUACGACAGGACGGAGAAGAAACUUUACAUCAUCGUAAGAGGAAAUGCCCCAGUGAGAGUUGAGACCACACCCGUCAUACAGCUGGGUAUUGACUUGCCUCCCGUCACUGUGGAUGAGUUCUUUGAAACUAACCUGAUACAGAACCUUGCGUUGCUUCUGGGCAUCAGUCCGAACAGGAUCAGAAUAGUCAACGUUGUUUCUGAGGGAGGGGCCAGGAGAAAGAGACAGACUGAGGAACGAACAAGAGUUGAGAUUGAGAUUGGGGACGCACCAUCAAAUGAAACAACAACAGAAAACAACAACAACAACAACAACAAUGGUACUGAUACUGGAUAUGACAACACAACAACAACAACACCAACAGAUUCAGAGGACACUGUCUACAAUGAACUGGUCAAUAUCACUACUAAAGUAGGUGAGGUGAUACAGACAGGUGAACUCUCUCAAGAGAUUGGUUAUAUGGUACUGGACGCUCAGAUCACAGAACCACAGCCAAUGGUGACUGACCCAACCGGAGGAGUGAGGGCCACUAAUGAAACUGGAGGACCUCAACCAGGAGACAAUGGGACAGCAUCACUCCCAACCUUCAAUGAACAGCAAAUGAUGGAAGAGAACGAGCAGAGGAAUGAGACAACAUCCAUUGAGCUGAGUAUUCCUACUCAACUACGUAUCAUAUCUCUACCAUCAACCGGAAUAGAAGGUAUCCCUAUGAGCAACCCACCUCUUGUCUCUAUGUUUGAUGGACGUGGGAACGUCAUUAGUACCCUUGGUGUUGGGUUACCAUGGUUACUAACAGCCAGUAUAACCAAUAGGAUUGAAGGGGUGUUUCUAACUAACGGGACUGCCAGUAUUGGCAAUGGUAUGGGUCUAUUCUCAGGGUUUACCUUCAGUCAUUCCGGCACUUAUCAGCUGAUAUUCACUGUAACCUAUCCAGCAACUGCUAAUUUUACUGUCACAGCAUCUACCUCUAUAACCAUAGCAACCCGUGGGUUACGCCUCUCCUUAAUAAGAGGACCUCCUAGAACUGGUAACACCACGUUCCCCCUCCCAGGCUCCACACUAGUUCAUGUGAUUGAUGCUCAUAACGGAGAGGUUGCUGAUAGUCUGGGUUGGAGGGGUAGGGCCUGGUUCAUGAGAGCUGUAUUGAUUGAUGGUAGUGACAAGAGUCAGAACAUGAUGAAUAGUGUUCGUAUUGUCAAUGGGACUGCUUCCUUCCCUCCGUUCCAUAUAACCAGUCCAGGGUCUUAUAGGAUUAGGUAUUCCGUCUAUACAGUACCUAGCAGUCCGGCUAAUGAGUUACCUGAGCCCAUUGAGUCUGAACCUAUUGAAAUCAGUGAGUAUCAAGUGGCCCGUUACACUGUCACUUACAAUAACAGCUAUCCUGAUAUUAUUAGUGGACAUGAGGAGGCAUUCAUAUCUCAUUUCACCAGUCAGCUAAUGUCCUCUUAUCCUGAUAUAUACUUAUUCAAUGUGUCUGUCACUGAAGGAAGUAUCAUAGUGUCCUUCUCUGCUACCAGUUCCAAUUUGAACUCUCUCCUCUCUUUCGUAGAGUCACUGCCAGAAUCUCCUGCUAUUACCACUCUCAGUUUCCGUGGCAACUCGUUGGAGCUGGUAUCAGUGUCUCAGGGUCCCCCUGUGACCCCGCCCCCUACCACUCCCCCUACGGAGAGCACUGACAAUAAACUGAUAAUCACAAUAAUAUCGGCCUCAGUCAGUGGGGCUGUGCUCAUUGCUAUAGUCUGUCUAACUAUCAUCAUAUUCGCUUACAACUGUUACAAGGUCAAAGCAAGAAAGAAGAGAUAUUACCGAGGACGUGGUAAGGGAAGCAUUUAUGGAGCUCAUUCCUCAACAGUCUAUUCAAACAAGCCGAUAUUUGAUGAGAGUGAAGGAGGUUUCCACACUUAUCAUCUUGUGUCUGAGGGAUCAGGGAAGAAGAAAUCUUAUGCUGUUGCCAUGGAAACGGAGUCAGUUAAAGACGCUCCAGUGGAGUAUGCUAGUAUUGAUGAGAAGGGGGUGGAGCUUACCAGAUACACGACCAUUGAGAAUGAGAUGAAGGAGAAGGACACUGGGUUUAAUGGAGAGAACCUUUAUGAGAAGGUUAAAGAUGGAGAUAGUUUCCAUGACGACGAGAAGAAGACUGAAUCAAACGUUUAUACAUACCUUUGAGUUAAUUAAUUAUUAAUUAAUAAUUAAUUAAUUAUUACUUUUGUUUAUUCAGCUGCUUUAUUAACAUUGUCAAAUAUCAUCAGUAUUUUUAUUUUUGUCAUUAUUAUUUUUGUUGUUUUUUUGUAGUAGAACAGUUAUAUCUAAUAUUACGUAUUUAUUGUGUCUUUUGGUUUUUAAUAAUUAUUUUAACUGUCAUUCAUUGACUAUGCU